GAAGUCAUUAGUAGGUGUAAAAGUAUCAAACAAACAGACCGCGAAGAGAGAGAGAGCAAAUCCCAAUCAACCCUGAAUUCACAUAACCCACAGUCGCAGAAGCACCCAGCAGCAGCUAGAGGAGAGAAAUGGCGAGAUACGACAGAGCCAUCACGGUGUUUUCCCCCGAUGGACAUCUUUUCCAGGUCGAAUACGCCCUUGAAGCUGUUCGCAAGGGAAACGCCGCCGUCGGCGUUAGGGGAACCGACAUCGUCGUCCUUGGCGUGGAGAAGAAGUCCACGGCCAAGCUACAAGAUUCCAGAUCAGUAAGGAAGAUUGUAAACCUGGAUAACCACAUUGCAUUAGCCUGUGCUGGGCUUAAAGCAGAUGCCCGUGUCCUUAUUAACAGGGCUCGGAUUGAGUGUCAAAGCCAUAGGCUUACUGUUGAGGAUCCUGUAACUGUUGAGUACAUUACUCGUUACAUAGCUGGUCUCCAGCAGAAGUAUACACAAAGUGGUGGUGUGAGGCCAUUUGGACUUUCAACUUUGAUUGUGGGAUUUGACCCUUAUACGAAUAUACCAUCACUGUAUCAAACAGACCCAUCUGGCACAUUCUCUGCCUGGAAGGCAAAUGCAACUGGAAGAAACUCAAACUCAAUGAGAGAGUUUUUGGAAAAGAACUAUAAGGAAACAUCUGGACAAGAAACUGUCAAACUUACAAUUCGUGCUUUGCUUGAGGUUGUUGAGAGUGGAGGAAAGAAUAUUGAAGUUGCUGUGAUGACAAAGGAGGGGUUGCGUCAACUUGAAGAAGCUGAAAUUGAUGCUGUUGUUGCUGAAAUUGAGAAGGAGAAAGCUGAUGCUGAAGCUGCAAAGAAAGGUCCUCCCAAGGAAACAUAAUUUGACUUAUUUUAUCAUCCUUUCCUUAUCUUUCUGUUCUUGCUUAGGACAUCUGGAUUUCAGUGUGCUUGUUAUCUGAGAAGUUGUUUCUAUUUGUCUUGAUUGGAAAUGGUGUUAAAGGACAUAUUGCAGUAAUAGUUUUAUGCUUUUUUUUC